AUGUCCACGACCUCAACCCCAAAAAAGACUCUCCGCGAGUGGCACGACUGCGAGCCCGGGGCCGCGCCGGGGGACCGCCUGCCGCCGCGCCGCGCCCUGCUGGAGCUGGCCAGGUCUCUCUUCCACGGCCUGGAGAUCGACGUGGGCGCGCUGCGGGGCGGCGACUGGGAGCACCGACUUCCCCCGCCGGCCGCCAGACGGGCCGUGGAGGGCCUGCCCGAGGUCCGCGUCAGCGCCCCGCAAGCAGCGAAGGGGCUCCAGUGCCCGGUGUGCCUGCUGGAGUUCGAGGCGGCGGAGGCGGUGAGGACGAUGCCCUGCCAGCACCUCUUCCACGCCGGCUGCCUUCUUCCCUGGCUCGGAAAGACCAAUUCCUGCCCGCUGUGCCGCCACGAGCUGCCCACCGACGACCAGGAGUACGAGGAGCACAAGGAGGAGAAGGCUCGGAGGCAGCAGCAGGUGCACCGACUGGAUUAUCUGCAUGGCGCGAUGUACACGUGACCCUACAGUGUUGCCUUCAUCAUCUGGGGCAACGACGACAGCAGGGAUUUCCCCAGUUGCAAAGGGCAGAAGCAGCUUCCGGGGACAAGGAACGCAGCGCUCGCCAGUGGUGCCCCUGUCCUUCUCCUCCGGAGCGACAUGCAAACCUUCUCAAUGCUUUUUCUAAGCAAGCCCCCAAACACACAGAGAGCUCAGAGUGAUUUUUGAAAAAUAAAGGUAGCAAAUGUCUUUGCUUUCAAAGCUGA